CUCCACUAUAUAUUUGGGUGCCCCAGUUCAGUUUAGGAGCCAAGUUAAACAAAAUCGUAAACUUCUCUUGCUAAUAGAAAGCAUCUAGAACCAUUUUCAGUACCAUGCCUGUCAACUGUGUUGCACCAAAACCAGAGUAUGAGAGCAAAGCCCCAGGGGAAGGUUUGUCAGGGAAGAAUGAACCCAGUAAUGCGGCCGUGCUUGCCUACCCACAAACAGCUGAGACACAAUCUGUCAUCCAACUCAGAGUAUUCCCCAUAGCUUUGAAGUUUGAGGAGGUGGUCUACAAAGUUAAACUGGAAUCGAAAGGAUCAUGCUGGGGAGGUACAUGGCACGGUAAAGAGAAAACUAUACUGAAUGGGAUAUCAGGAAUGGUUUGCCCAGGAGAGAUCCUGGCUAUGUUGGGUCCAUCAGGCAGUGGUAAAACCACCCUCCUUACAGCCCUCGGAGGCCGGCUCAACGGGAAGUUGUCAGGAAAGAUCACAUACAACGGACAGCCGUUUUCUGGUGUCAUAAAGCGGCGCACAGGGUUUGUAGCCCAAGAUGAUGUUUUGUAUCCACAUCUAACUGUGACUGAAACUCUCAUGUUCACUGCACUGUUAAGGCUUCCCAAAACUUUAACCUGGGAAGAGAAAGCCCAGCAUGUGGAACAGGUUAUAAUUGAGCUGGGAUUGACUCGCUGCAGAAACAGCAUGAUAGGUGGCCCACUGUUUAGAGGAAUAUCAGGAGGAGAGAAGAAGAGGGUGAGCAUAGGACAAGAGAUGCUAAUCAACCCGAGCUUACUACUACUAGAUGAGCCUACAUCAGGUUUGGACUCAACCACAGCUCAGAGAAUUAUUACAACGGUCAAACGGCUAGCUGAUGGGGGCAGAACAGUAGUUACCACCAUUCACCAGCCUUCAAGCCGAUUGUACCACAUGUUUGAUAAGGUAGUUUUGCUCUCUGAGGGAUCUCCAAUCUAUUAUGGUCCUGCAUCAGCUGCCUUGGAUUACUUCUCCUCCAUCGGUUUCGCCACAUCCAUGACCGUCAAUCCAUCUGAUCUCUUACUUGAUCUCGCCAAUGGUAAUUUCUGAAGUGUUCCACUACUUUUUCUAUUUAAUUUUAGGAAUAAGUAUGGUAAUUCCUAGCUUUGUCUUUCUCCUAUUCUUUCAUAUUUUCAAUAAUCUUUGUCAAUUACAAAAACAUCUUACACUUGGAACUAAAUUGCAGGUAUUCCUCCCGAUAGGAAUGGAGGUGAUCAAGGUGAGAACAUGGAAAAGGAGCAGAAGCUGGUGAGGGAAACUCUUAUUUCUGCUUACGAGAAGAACAUUUCAACAAGUCUAAAAGCGGAGCUGUGCAAUCUGGAUGUCAAUAGCUUCAGCUACAUAAAAGACACCCCUGCAAGAAAAAAUACCAAUUCAGAGGAGUGGUCUACAAGCUGGUGGCAUCAGUUCAAGGUGCUAUUUCAGAGGGGAUUGAGGGAGCGGCGCUUUGAAUCAUUCAACAGACUGAGAAUUUUCCAAGUCAUCAGUGUUGCAGUACUUGGCGGGCUCCUCUGGUGGCAAACCCCAACAUCUCACAUUGGGGACCGAACGGCAUUGUUGUUCUUCUUCUCAGUGUUUUGGGGCUUCUACCCUCUCUACAAUGCAGUUUUCACAUUCCCCCAAGAAAGGAGAAUGCUGAUCAAGGAGCGGGCAUCUGGAAUGUAUCAUCUAUCAUCCUACUUUCUAGCCAGAACCUUUGGUGACCUGCCAUUGGAGCUUGCACUCCCUACAGCAUUUGUUUUCAUAAUCUAUUGGAUGGGAGGCCUUAAACCUGAUCCCAUAACUUUCAUACUGUCCCUGAUUGUGGUUCUCUACAGUGUCCUGGUCUCCCAAAGUCUAGGAUUAGCAAUUGGUGCUAUUCUUAUGGACAUAAAACAAGCCACUACACUGGCAUCCGUUACAACCCUGGUCUUCCUCAUUGCUGGUGGGUACUACGUGCAACAGAUACCUCCAUUUAUUGUUUGGCUCAAGUACUUGAGCUACAGCUACUAUUGCUACAAGCUUCUUCUUGGAGUGCAAUACAAAGAAGAUGAUUACUAUGAGUGUUCAAAGGGAGUCUUGUGCCGGGUUGGAGAUUAUCCUGCCAUCAAAUCAAUGGGGCUGGACAAUUUGUGGAUGGACGUGUGCGUUAUGGCUUUGAUGUUGGUAGGUUAUCGACUCAUUGCAUACUUCGCACUUCAUCGAGUACAGUUGAGGUGAGUUUAGCAAUGCUUCGCUUCUACAAGGAAGACACUUUGACGAGUUUUCUCAUCUUUCUACAGAGAAAUAAUGUUAGAUGUAGGUUCGAGGCCAAGGUUUGAAGAUUUUGAUGAAUUUUUCCCCUAGUUAAUGGAUGGUCAGACCUAUCUGUCAUACUUGGAUCUCAUAAUCCUAACUUAGGCAUAUUGAUAUCAAAAUUAAACAUAUUAAGAUUUAAGAUACAGAUGUAACAAGCACAUCUCAUGUUGCUGGCAAAGUGAGGGGGGGAAAGGCAGAAAGUGAUUGGACAUUGUCCUCAAAAUAUUCCAUAGAACUGUUCUCUGCACAGUUGUUUUGAGGAAGGAAUCGUUCUCAAAGCCAAAAAGUCGCUUUUUUACUCUAAUGGCUUCCAGUCAAUGCAUCGAUAACAAUUUGACAGGAUAAAGGGGGCUGCCAAAAGACCAGGACGAUGGGCAGGACAAACUAGAGAAAAAUAGUUGCUAACUGGGAACCAAAGUGUAAUGAGCAAUCGAUAGUGACAGGCAGUAAUCUGUCGAACAGAAAAGUAGCAAGAUAACUCACUUUUACUUAAGUGAAGCACUCAACUAUGAUGUGAGACACAGUGAAUGGAGAGAGAUAAAAGCG